CAUACUUCGUAUCCGUAAAGGCAAACCGAAGCAUGAUGUAAACCAUAUAUUGGUAGUACAUCUCUCAUUUUCGGAUAUGAUAAUGGGAGUUUACAUUAUCAUUAUUGCUUCGAUGGAUAUGAAAUACAGAGACACUUACUUUCAACAUCAGGUUGUUUGGACCAAAAGUGCUUUAUGCAUGGCUUCUGGAUUUAUUGCAUCGUUGUCAAGUGAGAUGUCCGUUUACAUCCUCGUUGUCAUGACGCUUGACAGGUUCCUCAAAAUAGUGUUUCCCUUUAAAAUCUGGUUGCACUUUUCCAAGCGUGUUGUAAAUGGUGUUCUCAUCGUUGGCUGGACUCUUUGUAUAACUUUAACAGCUUUACCACUUCUCCCUCUCGACUACUUUAGCCCUCAUGAAUUCUAUACGCAAUCUGGCUUCUGCUUACCGCUUAUGUUGAAUUACGAUUCUGCAAAAGAAGCCUUGUUAAACCAACAUGAAGACACAAGACAGGGCGGGAGCAUUGAGCUAGAAAGACAGAAAUCACAACAGGCAUAUUCUCAUUUUAACGGCUGGGAGUAUUCCUUUGCUCUUUUCAAUGUUGUCAACCUUGUCGCCUUUCUUCUAAUAGCUGUUGGCUAUUUGGCCAUAUUCUUUGCGACUAGGAUCUCGAGAUCAAAAACCAAACAAGGCUCGGGGAAUGAGCGAGACAGGAAGAUGGCGGUGAAAUUGAUGUGGAUCGUGUCUACCGACUUUUGCUGCUGGAUGCCAGUAAUAAUCAUGGGAUUCCUAACCUUUUACAAGAUAGCGCUACCAGGAGAAAUCAUUGCCUACGUCAGUAUAUUUGUGUUGCCAAUCAACAGCGCUAUCAACCCGAUACUCUACACAUUUAGCACACUUUCCUGGAAAGACUUAUGGAAGAAGUGCAAGUGUAAAUGUAUUUCAGCACACUGUCACCAGGCGCCAAGUCCGAAGAAAUCAUCAGCAUCGGCCACUACUAAACUGUGAAUGGUCAGAUUAAAGUAAUAGACCUAUCAGUAAGAAAUUAUAUCGAGCCAGAGAUGCAUCUUACUCUGUGGAAAACUACAGCAUGUGAAUCUACACGUUCGAGUGAUAUAAAUAUACGAAAGCAUGCAUUUUACGAGGC